UCAUAGGUCAAACCGAUGAGAUACCCAUUUGCAGUCUCCGUCGUGCAGUCAACGGCGCGUUCUUCGGUCGAAACGCCGAGUUUUCUGCCGUCUCAUCCGGCCGCCGGAUUCGGACGCGAUUGGCCCGGUUACACGGCAUCCGCAGAGACUCCACAGGCAGCAUCCCGCCGUUUCAGCUCGCCUUUGCUCCCAGCGACUAUUCCCCAUAUGGCGCGAGCAAAUGUGAGAAGGCGGCACUCGGAUUUGCCGCAUUUUGAAUCUGUGGCUAGGAUCUCGAGUCUUCCCAUCGUGGAAAGCGGUAUACACAUCGCUGGUAAUGUGUAUAGAAAAAUUAAGCGUUCAAAUUCUUUAAUGAAUUGGAGCUUGGAUACGGCGGAGCAGUCAUUAGCGAUCGUAACGGCGACGGCAAGACCAGCAAUUUUUGCAUUCAAUGGACCAAUUACGACUAUCGAUCAGCUGCUGUGCAAAGGUAUCGAUAUUGUUGAGCAGAGAGUGCCAGCAGUGCAUCUUCCCCCUCAUCUUAUGUAUUUGAACACGCGAGACUAUGUAAAUAAAAAAAUUGUGAAGCCGGUUUUAAUGCGGGCCGGAAGUGUCAAGCAAAUCGGUAAUCAAGCUGCCGACGCCGCAGCUGAUAGAUUGGACGGUGCAUUGACGGUUGCGGACAAGUACGUGGAUCGUUACUUGCCAGCAGAUCCAGCCGAUAAAGAUGAAGUCAACUCUACUGAAACGAUGAGCAAAACGACACGAACGAUCAAGCAUGGUGCGAGGUUCUCGCGAAAACUACAAAAAAGAUUGACGCGACGCACUUUGGCCGAGGCUCGCGCACUCAAAGAGCAAGGGACGGAGUGCAUUCACGUUCUUUUAUAUGUCGUGGAAUUGAUAGCCACGGACCCAAAAUUGGCGAUGGAAAAGGCGAAGGCGCUGUGGGCCACGUUGAGCCUACCCGAGCCUGAAAAUCAAGCUCGUCCCGAAUCGCUCGAACAGCUUCUCGUGCUUUUGACGCGCGAAUCCGCACGGCGCAUAGUGCAUUUGGUCAACGGUACGGCGGUAUUGGCGGCUAGAACUCCACGGAGCCUAGGUCAUCUACUUGUCCGGCUUUCUCAUCAAUUACUUGCCGUCGCGGACGCCUCAUUGCAGAUGACACUAUUUAUAGGUAAGAGCAACGCAGCAAAAGAACAAGUGUCUGUCAUACGCUCUGGUAUCGAAAGGUUGAGUUCGACCACGAAUCUAUUAUUGGAAAAAUUCGCUGCAUUUUUGGCUGGUCGUCCCAGCCCUCAAAAGGUACCACGCAUGCGAAACCGCGAGCAGAACCACAACAACCACAUGUCGGUGACUUCCAAUCCUCCAAUAAAUGGUAUCGAGUAACGAGCGAGUCUUGCCUGAAAAAUGCUACGUGCGGGUUUCUUUCCCCUUCUGCUAUGGUUUUCAAUUACAAGGUCAAAGACACGAGGAUAGAAAUCGCGCCGAGUCGCCGCACACUGAUUAGCAUAAAUAACAUAUCAUCGACCGCAAUUACAUCAUAAUUUUUUAUGAUUUUGUAUUCGUGAUACAAUACGUAAUACAACAGAAUAUAUUUUAUUACUGGCACAAUGUACCAGUGCCAUACUCAUUUUGUGCUUCUCGACUUAGUUAUUAGUCAAAAUUAUUGCUCCUACGAUAAUUAAAUGUACGUGAAGAAAUAAAGGGCCGUCUUAAUUGUGACAUCACGCGAA